GUGGCUACAUCCCGCCGCCUGGGGUCGCUGCUGGCCGCAGUCGCCGGUCGCUGUGGGGUUAAGGUUGUGUGUGCGUUGCCCUUGGUUACCACACGGCCGCGGCGCUGGGGUGAAGGCCCGAGAGCAGCACAUCAUCGUGAAGUGAAAAUGGCAAAGAAAAAGAAAGACAAAGGACUUGGUGAUGAUAAAUCAACUUUGGCAGAAGCUUUUCUAGGAUUUAGAUUUCAGGUGAAGGAAGCAGCUAUUGAAAAAUGCACAAUUAAAUUAAAAGGACUUAAUGAAACGAACGCAAGAAGAAAAGAACGAAAUGAACAAUUGACGAAGGAGCAAAAGGAACACAUCAGGAAUUUAUAUAAUUUGGCCAAGGGACAAGAGAAAGAUUUGGAACGCAAAGAGUUAAUCAGCAUUGAACAAGUAGAACAGGCCAUGAAACAUAAAAUGGAGCUAUCUAAACAAAAUGAACGCAAAUUGAAUGAUAUGCAGAUCAGUAUAGCUAAUGUGGAGCAGGAGAUCCUGAAGAUGACAGUCGUGAAAGAGUAUUGGCUAGAAUACAAAAAUGUUGGAAGUAUUGAACAUGCCAAAGUCAUUAAGCUUCGAGAAGUUGAAAUCCAUGAGAUGGCCAGAUGUUUUAAUGAAAUGAAAGAACACUUUCGUAAAUCCUUGGCAAAGGUAAAAGAUGAAACGGACAGAUUAACACGGGAACAAAUGGAUGAUAAAAAGGAAAUUGCUACACAGAAAGCUAUAAGCUAUAUGGGUAAACACAGCCGACAAGAAGUGAAAGAAAAUGAAUGGCUAAAAAAAGAGCUAAAGCAAUACAGUACGGAAGUUGCAAAUAUAGAACAAGCUGUGCAGAAGAUCGAAGUGGAAAAUCUAGAAAUUUUGAGUCAAUUGUUUGAUUGUCAGCUUAGUGAUCUUAAACUAUGCGGGAACUUGAGUAAAACUUGUGCAGUUGAACCCAAAGGCCGUGAUUCCACAUUACUGGAAGGUGAACCAUUUGAAAUAGAUCACAGAGGUGAAAUCUCAGCAAAACCCAAGAGCAAAGCACUCCUGGCUGCAGGGAAGGAAGUUGCCAUAAUGCAGAAGCAGACAAAAGGUGAUGAAGAAACACCGUUCCGAUUAGGCAAGUCGUUGUCGCAGAAUCUCGCAUAUUUGCUGCAAGAUGAUGAGAAAUGCUUGGAGGAUUUAGAGUGUGGUGCAUAUGAGCAGAAGCGAUUGCACGUAAAAGGCCAAGCUAUGCUGCUUCAAGAAGCUGAGCAACCUACCGUCCCAGAAAAUAAGAAACAAACAGAACCAAGUGAAGCAGAGAUGGGAUGGCCUGUCACUGGAACAAUGCUGAGAUCUGUUAUUUCAUAGGUAUUAAAACUCUUAAUGUAGAACCAAUAGUAAUGCGAAGAUGAUUGCAUGACUGCAUCACAAACUGUUGUUAUAACUUGCCAGUAAUUUUGCCUAUAUCCCUCCCCACCAACACCUGUUAUUUGAGUAUUAAAGAACACUUCAAUGGACAAAGUAAUCAGUAAUCCCACCUCCGUAGAUAAUUCCACUUUAAGAUAACUAAAUUAAAAGUAGAGAUUUCAUAUAGAUCUUACUGAAUUAAAAAUAGCAAAUUAUUUUCAGAUUGUCAAGAGACUUUAAUUAGUUUAAUAACUAACUAUGUAUACCUAUAUUAAAUGUGUUGUAUACUUUACAGGAAAUAAAAUGCUCAAUAUGUGCAAAACUUUGAAGCUUAGUCA